UACCCUUUGACCCUCUACUAGAUUGCGAGAAUGGAGGGAAAUGGCGACGUUUCGGUGUUCGUCAGCCGAUGUCUGAGCUAUUCGGUCAUCUUUCUGAGUGUCUUCAUGAAGGUACCGCAGAUCCUGGCGCUCUACUCGUCGAGGAGCAGCCGAGGAUUAGCGCACGCGGCUACUGGCUGGAGAUCAUAUGUUGUGAAAUAGGAGUGGCACACGGCUAUUUCUACGACAUCCACGUGACGACAUACGGAGAGGCCAUUCUCCUGGCUCUCCAGAGUUACGUGAUAGUCUACCUGAGCGUCAAAUACAGCGGUGAUUGGAGCCUCGAGAUGGGCCGUGGUUUGUGCCAACGGCGCCUCAUCGCUAGCCAUAGUUACAAGUCAAUCCUGCUACAUCAUCUCUAACAUAUUGCUGGCGGCCACAGUACCGCUCUGAUAGCCAGUAGUAGAGGUACGCAGAUCGAUCUACAGUCUCUAUCGCCUCAGUCGGUCGGAGAUUCAGCAUCUCUAUGUUUGUCCUUUCUUCGUACGCCUCUGUGCCCGUCUAUUUACAAUCGCCGUGGAAGUUAAAGACCUCCAAAUCUUCUUCAUGUUCGUCUGUCGUUGUUCCUCAAUCUGACCUCGUGUACAAUGUUUCUACUAUGGCCGGUGGUCAGCCACAGUCACCAGCAGAAGAAGAAGACGAACUAAAAGCUCACCACACUCUCCUGUUAUGAUUUCAUUACAUCAUCCUCUGCCUAUGGCUAGCUAGCUAUAUGGCAACCACAUGUAGUAUUAUUCAUUACAUCAUCCUCAUUGUGCAAAUAUUAACUAAUUAUCAAAUGGCGUUGGUAUCUUCAGUUUAUAACAGUCUUUUCUCUCUCGUCAAUGGAGGCGAGAACUCAAGCGCACAACUGUGCUGUAACAGCAAGCCUCUCUCCCUCCUCUCGCACCGCGGGGCCAUCUGGCAAAACACCAAAGUCGGCGUCUGCUAGUUGUGAGCUGGCGGGAUUGGUGAGGAUGUUGUCGUGGGCGCCAUGGAUACCAGCGUCCAGAGUACGACAGCCAC